AUGGCAAAGGCAGCUUUUGUAAAAGCGGUGGUCUGGAGUGUGCUCUUCUGUGAAUCAGAAACGUGGACAAUGAAAGCGGACAUUAUUCAGAGAAAAGAGGCGAUUAAAAGGUGGGUUUGGAGUGUCAUGGACAAAAUAAGCUGGACAGAGACGAAGACCAAUGAAGAGGUGUCGUCACUGGCGGGAGAAAAGAGACAAUUGAUGCUGUGGACAUGUGUUACGUGGAAACGAGAUGUUGAAGGAGGAAUAGUUGAAGGUGAACAGGGAGAGGUGUGGGGGGAAAGGGGUGCCCCAGAGAAGUAUGUUAGGGUAAUUAAGGAAUCGUACAGGAAUGUUACAACCAAGGUGAGGAGUACAGUUGGAACUACGGGUAGCUUCCAGGUCAAAGUCGGACUCCAUCAAGGCUCGGUACUAAGCCCAUUCCUUUUUGAUAUAGUGCUGGAUGUGUUAACGGAAGCAAUGGAGAAGAUCAACAUGACACGAUACAAUUAG